AUGGAUAAUAAAGAAAUAUCGUCCAUAACUGCAACAUCAUUAGCAAACUCAAUCUCGCCACCCUUGUCAGUUGCAUCCAUGACACCGUCGCCCGAGUGUGUCAGACGCUCACCGAAAGCAACUAUUUGUAGUGCCAGGCGCCAUGUGUCUUACAGCAUAGACAGUAUCCUUGGGACAAACAAUCAACAAUCGGGAUCGCCAUCUUUCCAAGACGCCAGUCUCGAAUCCUCCACGAAUUCAGGUAAUGCUUCAAUAACAAAACUGGCUAUCACCCGAAAUACAGUAUUUGAAAGCAACGAUAGCGUGAUCACCAACGCCAGUCACGUCGGCUGCAACCGUUACCUCCAUCAUCACUACCAACAACAACAACAUGCGUUUCCUCUACCGUCUCAACAUCACACAGACAGUGUCAUUAACCGCAACAUCUCUGAACAUUUUCGCUUUGCGACCGAUAGCAAAGACCUACAAUCUCCACCACUGUCCUCCCAAACUGUUAUUAGGAAGCAGAACGAUGUAUCUUUAGGGCAUCAGACACAGCUGACGCCAUCACCUCCUGCAGCGCCGUCAACAAAUUCUGCUGACGCAUCUUCUGUCCAACGUUAUUCUGCAGAGAGCCCCAGUGAAGAUGAGUCCCAAAGUGAGUACGCUGACAACGAGAACGGCAAUGACGAUGAAAACGGAGGUAAACCAAGAAAAAUUCGUCGCAGCAGGACCACGUUUACAACAUUUCAGUUACAUCGUUUGGAGCGAGCGUUUGAGAAGACACAGUACCCGGAUGUAUUCACCAGGGAGGAGCUUGCCAUGACCCUUGACCUUAGCGAAGCCAGGGUGCAGGUCUGGUUUCAGAAUCGAAGAGCAAAAUGGCGAAAACGAGAGAAAGCACUUGGCAGAGAUAGCCCUACAUUCAUGUCAAUGGAUGCACCCUCUAUAUCGGAGAUGAUGAGUCUGGCUAGACCCUUCGGAAUCCCCACUCCGCUGGAGUCUUUCUGGGGUGCGAAGUUCCCAAAUCUGACGGGCGUUCAUCCAAUGAUGGCAUUGUCCCAUCCGGGGUUGACCAGUGCUCAAGCGGCUGCUGCUUACGGUGCUAGGUUA